AUGUCUGCCGGUGGUGAUCAUCUCAAAGAUGAAGGUACAAAGCGCCAAGUCGUGCUGGCUGGCGGAACCGCAGGUCUGAUCUCGCGCUUCUGCAUUGCGCCGCUGGACGUCGUCAAGAUUCGUCUGCAACUGCAGAUCCACUCCCUGUCCGAUCCAACCUCACAUCGAACGGUCGUCGGUCCUGUCUACAAGGGUACACUAUCUACGUUAAGGGCGAUCGCGAAGGCGGAGGGCAUCACGGGUCUUUGGAAGGGCAAUGUUCCCGCCGAGAUGAUGUAUGUCUGCUAUGGGGCUCUUCAAUUCACUACAUACCGUGCCACAACCCAGGCGCUGGCCGAAUUACCUUAUCGCCUCCCUCCUUCCGGUGAAUCGUUCGUCUCCGGCGCCGUCGCGGGUGGUCUCGCCACCACUACCACAUACCCACUUGACCUUUUACGUACGCGAUUCGCAGCGCAAGGUUCGGAACGUAUCUAUCGCUCGCUGUUCGGCUCGAUAAAGGAAAUUGCGCAGCAUGAAGGACCAGCGGGCUUCUUCCGAGGUUGUUCUGCCGCCGUAGCGCAGGUCGUUCCAUACAUGGGAUUCUUUUUUACCGCAUACGAGGGACUCAGGCCGGUGAUGGCGCGCUUCGACUCGUUGCCUUUCGGCACAAACGAUGCUGCGGCGGGUGUGGUUGCCAGCAUACUCGCUAAGACUGGCAUCUUCCCACUAGACUUGGUGAGAAAGCGCUUGCAGGUCCAAGGCCCGACUCGUACGCGCUAUGUGCAUCGCAACAUUCCGGAAUACGAUGGUGUCAUCAGGUCCAUCGCCAUGAUUCUGCGCACACAGGGCGUGCGAGGAUUAUAUCGCGGGUUGACGGUCAGCUUGUUAAAAGCGGCGCCGGCAAGCGCGGUGACCAUGUGGACCUACGAGAGGGUUUUGAAGCUGCUGCAAGAGACGGAGCUGCACGCAUUGGCUUGA